AACACGUGUAAUUUUUAUCAUUUCGUUGAAUACUUACUUGUUCUUGGCAACUUGCUGCAUUCAGCUGAAACCUGGCUACGUCACAUAGGCCCCCCCUCCCGAUCUAAAUUGAUAGAAUUUUAGGCAUUUUACUGAUUGUCAACAGAAUCUGCUUAAACUGAAUUCUUUGCAAGCAGGAAGACAGGUGAUAUUUUUGACCUGGUUUUAUCAGGACAGGUCAAGUUUGAAUGGACGAGAAGUGUCGACGGAGAGUAUGGAGCGCAAAACGGGCAGCAAGACCAGAGCUCCGAGAUUCCCACGAUUGGGAAAAGCAGAAUUACCACCGCACCUUUGACCUUUCGGCUAGUGGCAUCACAGAAGGGGUCACGCGAGUAGACUCCACACAGAUUUCUCUAGAGGAGUUCAUCAAUAAAUUUGAGAGACCAGCAAUUCCUUGUGUAUUGACCAAUGAUCAGACUGAUUGGCCGGCCAAGGAGAAAUGGACACCUGAGCGGCUGGCUAAAAAGUACAGGAACCAACGCUUCAAAUGUGGAGAGGAUGACGAAGGCUACUCCGUCAAAAUGAAAAUGAAAUAUUACAUCAAAUAUGCAGCCAACAAUAGAGACGACAGUCCACUCUACAUCUUUGACAGCAGCUUUGCAGAGCAUAGCAAACAGAAGCAACUUCUGAGUGACUACAUCGUGCCCAAGUUCUUUCGGGAUGACCUGUUUAAGUACGUCGGGGAAGACCGGCGACCACCGUAUCGCUGGAUUGUCAUUGGUCCUGCACGCUCGGGUACCGGCAUCCAUAUUGAUCCGCUGGGAACCAGCGCUUGGAAUGCACUCAUCAGAGGUCAUAAAAGGUGGGUCAUGUUCCCUACUCACACUCCAAAGGAAUUACUGAAAGUGAAGCAAGAAGAGGGAGGCAGACAGAGAGAUGAGGCAAUUACGUGGUUCAAUGUAAUCUAUCCACGAUGCAAACUACCAUCUUGGCCAAAGGACUGUCAACCACUGGAGAUUAUCCAAGGGCCAGGCGAGACUGUCUUUGUCCCUGGAGGAUGGUGGCAUGUUGUCAUCAACCUAGACAUGACCAUCGCUGUCACUCAGAACUUCUCCAGUCAGACCAACUUUCCGACUGUCUGGCACAAGACCGUCCGAGGCCGGCCUAAACUGUCCAAGAAAUGGCUAGUUGCCCUCAAGAGAGAGAAGCCUGAGUUAGCAGCCGUAGCCGAUAAGGUGGAUCUAUCCCGACCCUCUGGCCUUCAAUCUGACAGUAGCAGCUCAUCUAGUUCUAGUUCCUCUAGCAGCGAUAGUGCAUGCUCUUGCUGCGGCCAUAGUGCCUCGAACAGUGACAGCAACAAUGAAUCAGACAGGCGAACCAAGCGCCGCAAGAUUUCAGUGUCCGCAAGCUCUCCUGAUAGCACUCUUAACGACGAUGUUGUGGAGCCAACUCCAGAGAACUUCACUCAGCCACACCCUUGGACACGCGACCAAUCACAGUUACUGUCUCAUCCCCAGCAGUCCAGUGCUUCACCAGCUGACCAAUCAGGUGAGGCGUACCAUAGCAGAUAAUGAAGGCAUGUAGUACCUGUAUGUGGUUAAUAUGCAAGGUGCUACACAUCCAGCCAAUCAUAUUACAUUGUACAGAGCCUAUAAAGCUAAAGCAUAUAACAAAUGGGUGAUGUAAUCCAAGCUCGAGUCUAUCACACGUCCCUGUAAGUCCAUCACAAGGCAUUCAGUCUGAAGCCAAUUCACAAGCUAUUCAAAUGAGCUGUGACAAAAGCA